AUGGAUACACAUGCGAGCCGCGCGCCGAGCGGCUUGAGCCUCGGACCGAACGGCUUGCAGUGUGGGAAACGUAUCCACGAGGGCCGGGCGGCUACAUCAAAGACACCUUCACCCGACUCUAUCCUUAUCUGCGCGGCGCCGAGUUUGGAAAUUAGCGCGGCUCCUUUUUCUCGGGGACUCAGCGGCGCCCAAGGACGCCGCGUGCGCACCCGUCCGGCCGUUCGCGCCCUCGUGAAAGGGUCGCGCGAACUUUCAUGCGGCCAAGUCCGCCGCGCUACGUUGCGACGGAUAAAAGUGACGCUAAUACGGCUAAUGACGAUGUUUUAUUCAGACGCGGAGCGCGGUGCAAUCGGGCCGUCGGCGGGCGCUAAUGCGGAGGGA